AUGGCCAAGGGAAAGGCUAAGGCUAAUGCUUUUACAUCCUCUCGUAAGAGGUCCGUGAACUGGCAUGAGGAUCAGUCAAAGUACAUGCUAGAGUGGUGCACGGAGUAUUUGAAAAAACAACAUGCAGGAUUUAAGUUCAAGAAGGCACAUCUCAUGUUGUGUGCCAAUGAUUUAAAUAAGUUUACUAUGGGGGUGACUGUUGAUCAAGUGGUCUGUCAUUAUAGGCACCAUAGAAAAAAUUGGAAGUACAUUGCAACAACAUUGAGCAAUCGUGGCAAUACAUUUGAUGAAAAAAGAUGCAUGGUGAAUAUUUCAGAAUCUGAAAAAGAAAAAUUAUGUGACAGAGCAAGACGCCUGCUUGCGAAGCCCAUCAAGUUCUUCAAUGAGAUGAGAGAACUAUUCAUAGGAUCCAAUAUUGAUGGAUCUUUGGCUAUAGACCAGAACACAUGCAUGGAUGCUGCUGAUGGUUUAGAUAGUGAUGACUCAAGAUAA